AUGAAACCCUUCCCAACCUGGCUCACACCAGCCACCCUCACCUCCCUCCUCCUCCUCACCCCAACCGCAAGCACGGCCGCCACGACUCCCGCAUCCCCCCUCGCAGACGACUCCUCAUCGCCACUAGCAUGUGACAACAUCCAAGUAGAGGGCGGGCACACAUACAAUCUCCAGGCGCUUGCCGGUCCGCACGUCGUCGUCACGGGCGAGUAUACGCGGCCGACGUAUCAUAAUACGACGUAUGCUAUUGAUGUUUGUAGGGCGUUGGAGAGAGAGGGGGAGGGGGAGGGAUGUCCUGGGGGGACGAGAGUCUGCGCGAUCAAGCACCGCUGGAACCGGAAAGAGGAUAAAAUGACCGGGAUCGACCAGGUGAUUCCGCUAGUCGUAGGCGACGACAAGGCCGUAACAUGGCAAGCGAAGCGGCUCCCAGCAGACGGCGAAGGGAAGGAUGAUGCGCCAAAGGACGGGAAGAAGGAAGGGCUACGAUUGACGCUGCAGAGUGGUGCGACAUACCAGGACCGGGCGCAGCGGGCCGUGGUCGAGUUCCGGUGUAACCCGGACCUUGAAGGGGCGGAGGGGGAGUGGGAGAGUGUGGACAAGUAUAAGCCGGUGAAGGGGGAGAAGGCGCGGCGGGAGGACAAGGAUGAUGAGAAAAAGGAUGAUGGCAAGAAGGACGAUGGGAAGAAAGAUGACAACAAGAAAGAUGGAGAUAAGGUCAGCGAUCCAAGUACGCCAGAGCGGCAGGUUAAGAAGGACGAUGCGGCACUCGUCUGGGGCGGAUACAAGCGGGAACGCGACGCGGACGGCAAGGAGUUGGACACGCUGUAUCUGACGUGGUACACCAAGCAUGUGUGCGAUACGGCGGUAGACCAGCCGGUCAAGGAGAGCGAGAGCUGGGGGUUCUUUACCUGGUUUGUCAUUCUGGUCUUCCUUGGUAUCGCGGCAUACCUCAUCUUCGGCUCGUGGCUCAACUACAACCGGUACGGGGCGCGCGGCUGGGACUUGCUCCCGCACGGCGACACGCUACGUGAUGCGCCGUACCUGAUGAAGGACUUGAUUCGUCGGGCGCUCAACACACUGCAGAGCACGGGCAGUCGGGGAGGGUACUCAGCUGUUUGA